AUGAAGCAAGGAAAGCCACCGGAUGACACAGCAUAUAGGCUUAACAAAAUCGCUGAAUAUGUUAUUCACAAACAUGUCCUGGACUUCAUUGCCAACAACAACAUCCUUAUUCCUGAGCAGCAUGGAUUUCGUCCUCGUUAUUCAACAGUGCACCAACACCUACGUGUUGUUGAAAAUAUCUCAAAGGUACUACAAAACCACAAAUCAACUGGUGGACUCUCGAUACCUCAAUGGAUUUUGAUUGUGUUUGGCUGGAAGGAAUCACCUCCAGACUUAUCGCUCUGGGCUUCCCAAGCUAACAUCACACACACAAUUAAGUCCUAUCUUCCAGACAGAUAUUUUGUUGUUUGA